AUGGAGAUGGAUGAGCAGAGAAGCACUAGUGGCCCUCUGAGUGCUACAGAAUAUGCACAUGCCAAUGUCCUACUAGGAUUGCUUGUACUUCAAGCUAGAGAGCACAGCCAGCUCACCACAUCUGGGAUGGAGGGCAUACCUCUGAACAGACAUAACAAAGAUCACCCGGAUGCAGCAGAGGCUCCAUCUGAGCGCAGAUGA